AUGCCGACGAUCGCACCCGUUGAGAGGUUGGCUCCAGAGGCAGUUGACGAUGGUGCAGAGGGGGGUGAUGCAGGUGUUGGGGAUGUGGUGGGAGGGGGCAGGGAUGGAGAGGAGGUGGGCGCAGAGGUGGAAGGAGGCGCAGAGAACGAGGAAGGGGCGGGCACGAUUGGAGGAGGCGAGGAAGGCGGUGCUACAAUCGGGGGAGAUGAGGAAGGUGGGGGUAGAAUUGGGGGAGGCAAGGAAGGCGGGGGUAGAGUUGGGGGAGAUGAGGGAGGGGCAGGUAGGAUAGGGGAGGACGAUGAAGGGGGAGCAGAGGGCGGAGGCGCUGAGGGUGGUGCCGCGGAAGGAGGCGCUACCAGUGAAGGCGGUGCUGGGGGGUGCAGCAGCCAAUGGGGGGCAGAGAAGGUUACAGGACGGAGGGGGCAGCACAGACAGAGUCACAGAGGGAAGGAGCCGCAGAGCAUGCAAGGGCUGGAAGGGUCGAGUGUAUUGAGCACGCACGAGCUGGUGUCUGCUGGGCACACAAGCGAGUUACCCUCCGUGGUGCUGCAUGGGAGUGAGUGGAAGAAGCAUAUGAUGGCGAGUUUUGGCAUGCGGUAA